UCUGACGCCGCAGCGAUUCCCACGCCGGCGGCACCGACGAUGCAGCAGCAGCAGCAGCAGCCGGGCGGCCCCGCCGCGCCCAUCAACGCGCGUGUCGCCCGCGGCAUUUCGGGGCUGUUCGGCCAGUCCCUCCUGGCGGACUGCCAGCUGGUCUUCGUGCAGGAGCGAGGACUGCUGGGGCAGCAACCCGGCCCGCAUGGCGCCGCCAGCAGCAGCACUCGCGCCCCUCCCGGCCGCGAACUGGGCCUGGGGCAGCGGUGCGGCGAGCCCCUUCCGGCGCACUCGAUCGUGCUGCGCUUCGCGUCGGACAAGCUUGCAGCUCAGCUGGACUGGCCAGCUUCACCGGGCCCGGUGGACAUCAGCCUAAGCAUUGUCAAGAAGAACGGGCCAAAGGCCACAGCAACCAGCACCAGCUCAACAGCAGCAUCGGUAUCCGCCCCUGCCGCUGCUACUGCCAUCGCCGCCGCGGCGAAAGCGCAGCUCCCGAUUUUGCAGGUGAUGGUGGGCGGGGAGGAGGAGCUGCCGGCGGCCCGUGCCGCCAUCCAGUUCGCCUACACGGGCCGCGUGGAGGCGGGCGGCAGCGGCAUUCGCGAGGUGCUGCAGGUGCGGCGGCAGGCGGCCUACCUGCAGAUGGAGGGCUGCGUGGAGGCGUGUCUGGCGGCGGUGAGAGAGCAGCUGCUGAAGGCAGGCGGCGGCGGGGCCGGGGUGGGAGCAGCAGCAGGCGCCAGCGCCAGCACCAACGCCGGUGGCGGUGCGGCCUCUCAUCGGCAGAUGCCAUCCUCUUCCGCCGUGCUGGAGCUGUACAGCUGCAGUGACGUGUGGCCUGACCCGGCGGAGGACGCGGCCUUUGCGGCGCUGCUGACGGAGGCCAAGACGCAGCUGGUGGCGCACUUUGGUGACGCGCUGGCGGUGCUGAACAAGCAGAAGCUUUAUGAUCAGAUGCGGGCGCUGCCGGUUGAGGGCAUGGAGGCUCUGCUUGAGAGCGACGACUUCGGCACCGACAGCGAGAGCAGCGUGGUGCUGGUGCUGGCGGAGUGGAUGGCCGCCAACCACAGCCGCACGGACGCGGCCACUCGCCGGCGGCUGUGCGGGCUGCUGCGGCUGUCGCAGUGCAGCCGUGCCUACCUCGGCUGGGUCCUGCCCGCACUGGCCGCGGCGCACGAGGCCAGCCCUGGCAGUGCCGGCGGCUGGCUGCCCAUGACACGUGAUGAUGCCACCUGCCUGCUGACUUACAGCACGGCGAUGACUGUGCAGGAGCGUUUCGCCAUGAGAGGCAACGCAGCGAUGAGGCUCUGGCCAGCAAACUGGCUCAGCACGCAGCGGCGGCGCCAGUGCUUGACCGCCGAGGGCCGCGAAAUCAGCUUCAAUGCCAGCCUGGCAGACCUGACGAAGGCGUUUGGCGGCAUGAAGUCGUGGAGCACGGGACGGCUCGACCCCAUCCUGGCCGACGCCCGUCACGUCGACCAUUUUGCUGCGCAGGGCUGGGAGUGGAACCCCUACGUGGAUUGUUGGACUAGUGAUGCGGCAGCGGAUAUUUGGGUACGGCCCCGGCUGCCGGCGGCCCUGCGCUCUCGCGCUACUGCCGGGGCAGCGGCGGGAAACACGCUCCUGCUGGAUGGAGCCGUCGUGGCGGUCCCCCGGCUGCGGAUUACCGUGCGCGGAGCUGGUGUACAUCCGUCGUGGUCGGGUGCAUUUGGUGGCAGUGACGUUAUAAAGAUUGGGGCCAGCAGGGGUUGGGCCACCGCCCUGGAACUGAAGGAGGCGCCCGCUGACCAGCCGGCGGGCGGUACCGCCAGCGGCCCCACCAGCGGCAGUGCCAGCAGCUCUGGUGUGGUGGCGGCGCGCUGGUCGCGCUACCUGCUGUGCGGUGUGCGACUCACCGGCAGCGUCACGCUGCUGCUGCCGCCGUUGCUGUUGCUGUAGUAGUCGCACGUGCCGCACGGUCAUCAGGUGCAUGGCGGCAACGAUGGACUGCACGCGAGGAUGUAUGCAUGCAUCCUCGCGUGCCACCAUAUGGUGGCUUGUGUUGGCAUGUGCGUGGCAUGCAUGAAGAAAUGCGUGUCCUGGCAGAAGCAUGGACGGACACUCGUUCGCUCGGGCAAGACUAGUGAUGAGACCUCGUGGGAUGCUGCACGGGAGUAGCGCGGAACAGUUGACGCCUGAGGCACGUUCACUUUUGCACGUGGACUGUAGCUACACGGGUGCAUGCAUGACAGGUAACCUGCGUAUCUGCGGGUGGGUUAGUUGGCGUAUUGUGUCAGCAGUGUACGGGAAGGGGGGUCAGCUGGCCGGGGCGAGUUGGCGAGUUUGUAACUUUGCACAGGGUGCUGCCCUGCCGGCUUGAGAGCUCACUAACGGGUACGAGCCACGUGCUGCCCUGUUGUGCGACAUUCUUGGGAGCCGGGGAAGAGACCCAGCACUGGGGAAGAGACCCCCGCAAUGGGUUCAAUGGCGGUAGGUGCUGUCGUGUCGUGUCAUAACGUGGGGUCGUGAGAUCUCGGGCUAGUUGCGACGCAUGUGCUCUGAUGUGCACUCAGCAGUCGUGUCACGCACGUCAUGUCAUCAUGUGGGGUGGUGAGGACUCAGCUUGCAACGCCAUGUCUGGUGCAGUGGUGCAAGUGGCAACCUGACGCGCGUGCUGCUGCGGCUGACACACGGCUAGGCCGUGGCUUAUUGUUGGCCUGUUGAGGUUGCGGUACCAGCAGGGUUGUACCUGUGGGCACUGCUUCGUACGUACGUACGCACUGCUUUGUACGCAGAGCCGCGGACUCAUGGUACGUGCUGGUGUACGGGGAUUGCUGGUGGGAGAGGGCUGGGCUGAAAAGCGCA